AAUGAAUCUUCCGACCAACAGCCAUGGGUGCGCCGUGCAUCUCCUCGCUGCUUGUACAUACACGUCAACCCGGAGAUAGGCAACACACGACAGGUCGUGACAGUCUCUAGCACUAUGGCCAUGGCUAAACGUGGCGCUGCGUGGCAAAGCCUAAGCGUCGUGGGGGAAGAGUAA